AUGACAUCCUCCCUGGUUCUGAAUCCUCGCUGGGCGGACACGGUUAUGUUUGUGUAUGAAAACAACUUAGAUGAGCUGAAGAACAUGGAGAGUCUGGUUGGGAGCGGGAAUUUUGCAGCCAACCAGUGCAGGAAUCUGAUGACUCACUCGGCUUUGAGUGGCCACCCCUCUAGUCUCGUCCAUGGCUCCAGCUUUUCCUCUGUGGACGUACCGACUUCAAGUUCUGCAGAGUCGGGCAAACAAUGCACACCUUGCCCAACGGUUCCCCAGGCCUCGUCGACCGGUCCUAUACCUUACGGCUACUUCGGCAACAGCUAUUAUCCUUGCAGAAUGGGGCGGGGUUCACUUAAGUCAUGCACGCAGCCGAGUGCACUAAGCUACUCUGCAGAAAAAUACAUGGAUACCCCAGUCACAUCUGAAGAAUAUCCUAGCAGGGCUAAGGAGUUCGCCUUUUACCACAGCUACCCCAGUCCCUAUCAGUCCAUGGCCAGUUAUUUGGACGUGUCAGUGGUGCAGACGCUUGGAACCGGGGAGCCGCGACACGACAGUCUCCUGCCCAUGGACAGCUACCAGCCUUGGGCUCUAGCUAACGGAUGGGGUAGUCAGAUGUAUUGCUCCAAGGACCAGACCCAGGCAGGUCAUCUCUGGAAGUCAGCACUAGCAGAUGUUGUUGCCCACCAACAUGAUGGAGGCUCAUUCCGUCGAGGUCGAAAGAAGCGGAUACCCUACACAAAAGUGCAACUAAAGGAACUGGAGAAAGAAUAUGCAGCCAAUAAAUUCAUCACAAAGGACAAGAGAAGAAAGAUUUCAGCGGUAACCAACCUAUCCGAGCGGCAGAUCACUAUUUGGUUUCAAAACAGACGGGUAAAGGAAAAGAAAUUUAUUGCCAAAGUUAAAAACCCCGCGCCAUAA